AUGAGCCUGGAGAAGAAGGAUGUGAUCACGGCUGGUGUGGCCGCUUUUGUCUCGUGGUUGCUGCUCACGCACUGGGUGCCGUCGUUUCGCUGGAUCCCCUACGCCUUUGUCACCGGCUGCCUCGCAACUCUCGCUGGUCUCGCAUUCCUCCUCUUGACCUCGUCAAAGGGCCCUAACUACCGCUACAACCAUGCCACUACCAUCAAACCUCCCGCGUUCGUCACUCCAGCCCUGUGGAAGCAAGAGAAGGCUGCUCUCAAGGCUCGCUCACGAUACGACAAGACGCCCAUCUACCCAUCCUCAGCAAACGUCUCGCUGAGCAUUGACGCCCUGUUGGACUAUGUUCUCCGCGACUUCAUCACCGUCUGGUACAAGAAUAUCAGCCUCCGACCGCUGUUCCAGAAUGAGGUGGAUCGUGCAAUCAGACAAGUCUUGGACAACGUGCGUAGGCGCACUCAACAACUCGACAUGGUCGAACUUGGUGUCGCCAGGAUUGUCCCCAUCUUGACCAACCAUAUGCGCGACUUCUACAAUGCCGAGCGUAUCGUCAGGGGAAAGAAUCUUUCUCGCGACAUGACCGAGUCUGAAGAGUUGGACCUUGCCAUAGCCGCCAAAUUCAGAGAUGGCAAGCUUCACCCAGCUGCUGCUCUGGCCUUCUCCGACACAAAGCUGCUGCAGCAAACUCACCUGCGUCGCCUGAUUGCUAAGAUACUACCUCUGGUCAUGCCCGAAUACAUGAAGACUAGUGCAGCUGUAACCACCCUGGUCAAGGAGAUUGUCGCAUGUGCUGUUCUCACCCCGAUCGUGUUGAUGCUUUCCGACCCCGACUUCUUCAACCAGCUCAUUGAGAACUCUGGACGUACCAUGCUUCAGGAUCGUAAAUCUGUUCGCAAACUACGAGCUGCAUUGGAUGAGCAUGCAGUACCUACCCCCCAACAUCCCAAAGCUGCUCAGUUCCCUCGUCUGAGGCCAAACGAUAACGAGAGGCAGUUUGAAAGAUUUAUCCGUGCGACUCGCAAUUGUGCCACCCUCUCUGACGCUAGACGCUUCAGAAGCGAAAUCUCCAGUCAAGUUCGAAAAGCUACUUCUGGCCCAGAGCAAGACCCUGUCUACCUCCGCCGCUUGGAAUCUGGACGGCGCAUUUUGGAUCAAAAAAUCGCCCACUUCACCGCCGGCGGUUCUGCCAGACCGAAGCUGACUGUGAAGGCUUCUACAUCUAGUAUUGAGCAUACCUCGAGACUGAGCCAAGCCUCUCUGGACGAAGUGCUCCACAAUGCGUCAGGUCUCUCCUACUUCAUGGAAUUUAUGGAUAGGAAAAGCCGCAUGCGUCUAGUGCAGUUUUGGAUCGUGGUAGACGGUUUCCGCAACCCGCUCGAGGGAGACAACGACGAGCCAGAGCAAGAAUUACAAGAUACUCCAUGGACGCCUUCGGAUAGGAUGGACCUAGAGCAGAUGUAUGAAGCCUAUCUCACAAAGCCCGAACUCAACGUGCCAGACCACGACAGACGGACGGUGAGGGACUUCUUGCGGGCAGGCAGGACAGCAGAUGCUCGACUCUAUGUUUCUGCUCGACGUGCUGUUCUUCGGGCGCAGACGGCUGUCUUUGAAGAGAUGAAGGAACAGCAUUUUGAGAAUUUCAGAAAGUCAGAUUUGUUUUACAAAUGGCUUGCUACCGAGGAAAGUUCCAUCCUGUCAGCCACCUCAGAUGGCCAUCAAGAACUCUCGAGAUCAUUGUCAGUUGGUGGUGAGAGGGAUCGACCACUCCAUCGAGAAGCUCGACCGGCGACUGUGCUUUCGCCAAAGUCGCCUCGCGCGCCUGAGCUCAAGCGGCCGGCACUGUCAUCUACCGAUCUGAAGAGUUUCAUCAAACCCGGGGUUGUUGCCAGCCCAGUACGGCAAUCCAUGGAUGGCGGAAGACCUCGGCCUUUGUUUGAUGACGAUGUCGAGGACGAACGUAUGACUCGAUCUGUCUCUGCACUCAGUAGCAUGGACUUGGACAUUGAUGGCGAGCAACCUCAUGAUGAUUCUGCGCAGGUAGUCGAUGCCAUGCAAGCUGCUUUGAAUGAGAUCAUGGAUGAACCAGACAAUGGCUCGAUCUUUUCUUCAGAGAGUCUAGGUGUGAGUAAUGAUUCGCCAAGGACGUCUCUAGAUGGUGUGAGACCUCCUCUAGUCCAGACGAGAUCGAAGCCCAGUAUUGCCUCACUAGGCUUGGUAGGCGCCGUUUCAAGCAAAGGAGUCUUUGAGGAUGAUUUGUUUGGAGAAGAGGAAAAGUUUGCUGAAGAUGAGAAAGAGGAUUCAGACUUGGAUGAAAAGUCGAUCGAGGACGAUAUUCACGAAGCUGCGCCUGGCGAUCUUGGACUCACGGAAGCUAUCAGCACUCUUAACGCAGACAUCGACCGCCUAACGGCUCAAGAUGCCAUCCUGGACUCGCUAACGAAGAAGGCUGAGUUGACCAAUAACGCAGCUGAAUUGCGCAUUCUACGCAAGUCGAAGCAGAGCUUAGCAAGAGAAAUACACCGCAAGGAGAUGCAAAAACAACAGUACACUAUCCAGGAGAGCGACAAUAGCUUGUAUGGGCGAGCGGCAGUCAACAUCAAAUCAAUCAUGGUCGGUAGAGAAGAGGAUGGUCAUGAGUUCGCGCUUUACGUUAUCGAAGUCCGACGUCAGGCAGGCGAUCAGAUGCCUGCUGCAGUGUGGAUGGUGACUAGACGUUAUAGCGAGUUCCACGAGCUGAACAAGCGUCUUCGAGAGAGAUUCCCUGCUGUCAGAAACCUUGAGUUCCCGCGCCGACAAACACUUUUCACGUUGCAAAAAGACUUCCUACAAAAGCGAAGGGUCAUACUUGAGAAGUACCUCAAAGCUCUACUUCUUAUCCCGGCCAUCUGCCGUAGUAGAGAACUUCGUGCUUUCCUGUCCCAGUCACGAAUCACGUCGAGUGCCAAUGGCAGUCAAAUCGACGAGAAAGACUUUGUAACAAGAAUUUAUAACUCAGUCACCGAUGGUAUGGAGGAGUUCCUGGGCAACAUACCAGUCCUCGACCAGCUCUCCGUCGCCGGUCAGAAUCUCAUCUCAGCAGCGACCGCCCAGAUGAGUGGAGUUCCACUGAACCCCAAUGCCCCUGAGUUCUCGUCAGAUCCAGCCUCUGCUGCAGAAGCCGAGGCCGAAAUCAAUGCUUUCGAAGAUCGUGAGGCAGAGCCCUUCGUCAAACCCAUCUGUGACAUCUUCCUUGAGAUCUUUGAGUUGCAAAAAGGCACCAGCUGGCUACGAGGUCGUGCCGUAGUCGUUGUGUUGCAUCAACUUCUCGGAGGCACCAUCGAGCGCAAGGUACGCGAUGCAGCGAAAGGGUUUGGACAGGAGGACACAAUCAUUCGCUACCUUGAUCUCGUCAAGAACAUCAUGUGGCCAGACGGCCAAAUGAAGCAAGGCGGUGUUCCACGAACAGCGGCCCAGAAAGCAGCUAGUCAGAAAGAAGCAGGGUUGUUGCUUGCGACGCUGGUGCCGGACUUGGCAGGGAGUGUUGUGGGAAGGCAGAACGCGCAGGCCGCGAGUAGGAAAGUGUUUGCCAUGCUGAAUAAUCAGCGAUUAAAUACGCAUCUGGUUUUUACGCUUUUAGACGAGCUGAUAGGGGCUGUAUUCCCAGAAGCAGUUACACGAUAA